AAACUCAAUAAAUAUAUAGUAGGAAAAAAAAAAACAGAAAAGAAGUAAAAUCGGUGGUCAUAGCCGUUUGUUAUCGGAGCGUUGCAACUUUCCGGCACCGGCAACGGCAACGGCAACGGCAACGAAGAUGCCUGUGAGAUGGAUUCUUCACUGGCAACCAAACCAAGGAUCUUCAGUAAACAGUCACAUACUGAACGAAAUCUCACAGUGUGUAGACAAUUUUAAUGGCGUCAAAGAUGGUAGAUGGAAAGCUACUCUCACUUUCUACAGACCUAAUUUACGUGAUUCAUCAAUGGCUGCUACUGAAUUCCCUCGUGAUUUUAUUGGAAUUUCUCUUAUGGAAGUACCCAACAAAUACUUCUUCAUUAUUCGUGGUCAUAAGCUUGUUCUUGAAGCUGAUUCUUCUAUUUUGACUAUUUUUGAGAAACUCCAGUCUUAUAAAUCUAAAGUUGCUCUUAAUUUUGAGGGUUUGCAGUAUAAACUGGGUGAUUUUCAGGUGAGACUGAUUAAAGUUGUUCCUAAUACUGCUGAAAAUCUUAGAGGAAUUUUGAUGGAGAUCGAGUAUCUCCCUAUUUCUUCAGUUGAAAAAGCCAAGCCAAUUAUAGAAGAAUUCGUUGAAAUAUGGCGAGAAGUGCUGUCCAAAAAAUCAUUACAUGGUCAGUUCAUGCGAGCGGAGCCAAAUUUUGCAGAAUAUGGUCUCUCCGACAAUUACACAUGGCAACACACAGCUGUUCAGUAUGCUGCUGCAUUGGCCCAACUAAUUGCAUCAGUGCAGUCAAGGAAUUAGUUACUUAGUUAGGACCAUUGAAGGUUUUCCCUUCUCAUCAAAGGCAAUAUAGAUGUUCUUCUGCUUUCUUUUCACCCCACUUUUCCUGGACACCAAGAAUGUAAAACAUUGUAAAACUGGUUUUUCUUGUCUGUCUUCUGAAGUAUUUACUUUUGAAUCAUAUAUUUCAGUGGAGGAUGUUGAUCCUUA